ACCCGUAGCGAGCAGUGCUUCAUGAAGUGGCAUGAAGACGAGUGUGGAGAGCCGCUGCCCGGCAGAUAUCGUCUGGACAUGUGCUGCUGUUCAGUGGGUGCCGCCUGGGGCGUGGACUGCGAGGAGUGUCCCAAACCCGACACGCCCGAGUACAAAUCCAUCUGCCCCAGAGGACCGGGCUUUGCCAACAGAGGAGACAUUCUGACCGGCAGACCCUUCUACAAAGAUGUGAAUGAGUGUAAGGUCUUCAACCGUCUGUGUACGUACGGAACCUGCCGCAACACCAUCGGCAGCUUCAAGUGUCGCUGCAACAACGGCUUCGCUCUCACGGCCGAGGAAAGGAACUGCACAGACAUCGACGAGUGCCGCAUCUCCCCCGACCUGUGCGGCCACGGCACCUGCGUCAACACCCCGGGCAGCUUCGAGUGCGAGUGCUUCGAGGGCUACGAGAGCGGCUUCAUGAUGAUGAAGAACUGCAUGGGUGAGGAGGAACUUCUCCUUCUUUUGUCCAUCUUCUCUUUUGACUUUU